UGGAAACACUGUCGCGAUAUCAGUGCUAUCCACGUCGACGAAUUUGUUAAUUGUACUGGUCGUUCUAUUUGUGUAUUGUCAUUACUUGACACGCUGAAUUGGAGUCAAGUUGUCAUCGUUGAACGUAUGAUAUUUACUUCGAGAAAUGAAGGACUGCUUGUGCUUCGAUAGAACUGGUAGACUACCAUGUCAAAUACAAUGCUUUCCGAUCAACCGUUGAUCUAUGUUGCUGAAAUUGGUAGUUAAAAACACGGCAAGAUCGAUGAUGUGUUGAAAGAAUCUCACCGCAAACGCCAUCGUGUAAUAGCUGCGGGGCGCAGUUAAUGCAGUGAGUGUGACAGUACAUUAGCUCGUCAGAUGAACCAACCAAAAAAAAACACCGGCGAGGAGCCAAUCACUCCGCCACCCUCGUACUCCACCGUUGUUGAUGAACGGUCACACCGAUAUGGUUUCGGAAUCCAGCACCCUUCAGCCUCUGCACCAUAUCCCGUGACGAUGGAUCACACAGAGACGUUUCAACGGAUGCCGAUGCCGAUGCCGGUACCAAUGCCAAUGUCCAUGCCUACUUCCAUGCCGAUGCCGAUGCCGAUGCCGAUGUCGAUGCCGAUGCCGAUGCCGAUGCCAGAGUCCCGAAUCACCUACGAGUCGCACUUCGACGACCAUGAACCCAGGGAAAGCACAACCACCAGUUACGGGAUUGCCGAGACGUUCAGGACCACUGACCACGGUCAUAAUCGCUCAGGCACUGAUUACAAUCCUGCAGUGGCUACUCGUGUGACAGACGUCAGCGUUGAGUCGUCCAUCAGAGAUCAAACUGUCCAUGUUUUUACACAGGAACAGGAAACCUCUGACUACAAACCAACACUGUGCUGUGCCUUCGCGAUUGGAUUAGUCAUGUGUGGAGUUCUAAUUGCCAUAUCAGUCAUGAUAAGGGGAAUUCGUCAACACCGUCUUUAGGCUUGGGCUUGUAGGGCUAUAGCCUGUAGGUGUUCGGAUUUGGGAGGUACUUGACCAUUUUUCUAAUUCCAUCUGCAAUCAGCAGUUCAAACUUUGAACAAUUUUUCAUAGCUUAAAUAUGCCCCUAAAAAUCCAAUAACAAUUUUUUUACUUAAACACAGAUAUCUGCAAGUAUUUUAUUCAUUUUAUAAUUGUUCAAAUAAAAAUUAAACAAAAAUCAUAAGUAAAAAAAAGUUCCGCCAUCAAAGUUGUCGAGAAUCUUAUUGCCUACAAGGAAGGUUUCUACUGUUUUUGUCGCACAAUGCACGGUUUGCGAGAUAUUUAACAAAACGUGUUUUCCAAGAUGAAUAUAUUGAUUGAUAAUUUGAGGGUAAAUUUUUUUAAACCCGCAUUAUACAAUACAUAAAAAUCAGCCUUUCCGGUUCAUUUGCAUUUCCAAAUGUAUAUAAUGACCGGACUAUUACUCGCACGUAAAAAUUUGCUCCCGGAGGCUCUGCUUAAGAUGUUUUCAUUUCAAAACGUGAAUGUAGCGUAUGUCUUCUAUGGAUUCAGAAGACCAUAACAAAAUGUUUUUAUUAAAAAAUAGGUUACCUGUACGCAGGUUUAUUUCCAUUCAUAAAUAAUCAUUUACAUAUGUGUAGAAAAUAAUAGUGGCGAGAGAAACAAAAACGCAAUUCAAUCGCAAAUCGUAUGUUCAUAGCUCAAAAUAUAAAGAAAUAUACUGAAAUGGAAAUUGGAGUCGUGAAAAAAAUACGAAACAAGAUAUUGAAUUUUUCUGUAGUAUAAAAAAUCUUAACAAGGCUUGCGUUAGGUUUACGUUGUAACAAAAAUUUCCCAUUCGUUCUUCCAAAAACGCUGGACUAUUGGAGAAACUGGAUCGGCGCAGUGCCGAAUGAUAGAGAGAUCAUUGUAUAAACAUUCGAGGCCCCAAAAUGAUACCUUGAAGGUGUUCCGGGUUUCUAGUUUGGAUAAAAAAUUCCCCUUUCCUGUCCGCCAACACCGUUUUUAGACAGGUAGUUCAAUGAAUGUAAAAUACGAUGUUGCGUGGAUAAUCGGAUGUAUUUUUAUGAGUUUAUAGAAGUGAAGUUAUUUUACAUUUUGUAUUGCCGCCGUGACGGACAUGGAUUUUUGUUAGAUUGAGUAAGUGAUGUCACCUUGACAACCUUUUCGACACUGUUUUAUGGGAUUGGCAGAAAUUGGUUAAUCCCUUUUUUCCAGACGGUGACUAAGAAUCAUUUUAUCAUGACCAUCACGUUCCAAUGAGUCCUGCAUCCUCAGUCUAACUCUUGAAGGACCUCAAGAGUCGAUAUGGUUAAUUGGUCGAGGUCAUUGGCUACGUCACGUUUAUGAGUAAUUUUACUAUCAUUGAUAUCGAGACAGUUGAUCGUCUGUAGUUUUCCAUUUUUUCGACUACAUUCCUUACUGUCAUAGAUCCAAAGUUUUUUAUUGUAUGAACUUAUUUUAUUGAUAGUGUUGUAACAGGAACAUAGAAUAAUCGUAUCCAACUCAACGACAGAGUCGAAAUCCCUAAUUAUAAGGUUAGCCAUAAUUAAUAAAUAGCUUCCGAGUCACUUAAAAUCAUUUAAAUAUUACGCGCCGCUACGCCGUAUUAACUCGCGACGAAUAGGGUACAGACAUUCAAAUUUAGGCUAGCGCGCAGGCGUCAAAUUGUCGAGCGAAUUAUCGACCCAAGCCACGUGCGGUAGGAGCCGGCACAGCCACUCUUGUGUCGACCCUCGUACAUAGUACACAGUUUUGUAAUUUGACUGUUGCGUCAAUCCAUUUCGUCAAUCUUUGUCGCUUGACGUUGUUCGUGUACUGAUUAUAUUGCUCAUUUGUAACCGAAAUUAUAAAUAACAGUGUCUCUCUUAAAGUUAUUGACGACCAGCGUCGUAUUCUUCGAACAGUUCUGAGAGUCGGAUUUCGACAACAAUUUGUGAGUACAAAUAAAAUUGUAUAUUCUAUCCAA